AUGGCACUUUGCAUUGGGCUAAUGCCUCUUCUCCUGGCAUUGGGCUGGUGGUUGCGGUCGCUGCUGUCUGCACAUUCAGUUGGGCAGGAUGAGUUCCCUGCACCCGCACCUGCAUUCGACUGCUACACUGGGUACCAUGACUGGGCCAAUCUCUGGGGCGAGAUGCGCCAGAAAUAUUGCUGCGACCAGUUUGGUAGGGCAUGCCCCCUCCACGAUGUCCCGCCCAAGGUGAUUUACCAUCACGUGCCAGUGUACAUGCAGCCCCACACCAGCGUCGUCCCGGUGCCCGUCCCAGCACCCGCCCACACGCACGUGGUCUACCAGACCCACUACGUGCAACCACAUGUGCACCACUUCAAGUACAACUGCCGUGCCGGGUUUUCGAACUGGUACUUCGGCUGGUCGCACCACAAGAAGGCCUGGUGCUGUAGCCACGCAGGUCGCGGCUGCCCUGGGACGUGGCACGGCAGCUAUCACCUGCACAUGCACAUCGAGCACGGCGUGGGGCAUGCUCACGGGCGCAUCUACGACUGCGACGCCGGCUUCUCCAACUGGAUGCAGGGCUGGUCCGACUCCAAGAAGGACUG